AUGACAUCACCAGCACCCCCAAAGAGCCUCUCCCAGCAUGCAGCGCUGGCGGGCCCCGGAGACUCGGGCUUCGUCGACGGCUCGUUGCCGGUGGAGACGCAGAGGAGGCGCCCGGCAGGUGCAUUCGAAAUGGAAAAGCUGAAGGAUAUUUUUGCCAGGAUCCUCUUUUACCUGGAAGAGAGAGGCAUGGCCAAGGUGCCGUAUCAUGAAGCCAUUCCAGAGGCGGCUGAAAAGAUUCAAAAAGAAGUGGCGCAACUACAAGCAGCUCCGGCCUGCAUCCCGCCGUGCGGGUUCCAGAAAGAGGCCCGUACCUACAAAUGCAAAUCCUGCCGUAUUGUAGAAUGCCCGCUGCCCAUCGACUGCCCAGUUCAGGAUGUUCACAAAGUUGAAGGGGACAUCACUGUUCUGAAGUGCAGCGUGAAGUUCUCGGUUCCUCCAGAGAGGCUCAUCAAGUGGAAGUUCGUCAAGGAUAUUCGAAGCCAGGAUCUUUCGUUCUUCGAAAACCUUUACACUGGAACUGAUUCUUCCUUCAUCAUCAGGCCCACGACGGGAGCCCAUCACGGAACAUAUGCCUGUGAAAUUGCCGAGGGGAACGAUGUACUGGUCAGAAAGUAUAUAUAUCUCAAUGGUGAGACCCGGGGGCAGUUUCAGGGUUCUGAAAGGAUGAGGCAGAAAACUCACCGUGGCGGUGCAGAUGUGACGGCAAAGCAGCUCGGAAAGGAAAAGGAACUACAAGGGAUGUUCCAGGCCAUCCUGAACGCCCCACCAGGGGCUGCGGCAGAGGAAGUGGUGGAGGAAAGCCUCCCUUCUCUGGAAGACUUGCUGCGGGAACCAGACUCGCUGCACAAAAAAAACGUGCUCCUUCUCUUCGUUGGCCUGAUUUUGAGCUCGAUGCUGGUUACUCUUCUGCUUAUGUGA